UUCACUCGCAGUUUAAAUGCAGGGAGAAACCCUCAGAGAGGUGUCAGUGUCCUGUGAGAGGGAACAGAGACGCAGCGAUGGAGUGUUUCUCUGCGUUUGUCUCCGCUGUUUUGGUCUGCGUUGUGAGUGCUGGAAUCCCUCAUGAUGGAAUACACUGGACGUACACAGAGGGAGCUUUGGACCAGAUGCACUGGCCAACUAAGUAUCCUGCCUGUGGCGGAAAGAAGCAAUCACCCAUUGAUAUCCAGCGGCGCAACGUUAGGCACAACCCAGACAUGUUACAGUUGGAGCUCAGCGGAUAUGAUGCCCAGAGCGGGAAUUUCCUCAUGUCCAACAACGGGCACUCAGUUCAAAUCGAUCUGCCUCCCAGUAUGAAGAUCACCAAAGGCCUGCCAGGAAAAUACACAGCUGUCCAGAUGCACCUGCACUGGGGCGGCUGGGACCUGGAGGCCAGCGGAGCAGAGCACACCAUAGACGGCAUCCGUUACAUGGCAGAGCUUCAUGUUGUCCAUUACAACUCUGACAAGUACAAGAGCUUUACUGAAGCCAGAGAUAAGCCAGACGGUCUGGCAGUGCUCGCCUUUUUCUAUGAUGACGGUCACUUCGAGAACACUUACUACAGUGAUUUUAUCUCUAACCUGGACAAAAUCAAGUAUGCAGGCCAGUCCAUGAACAUAUCGAGCAUCAACGUGCGCUCUAUGCUCCCCGAGAACCUCAACCAUUUCUUCAGAUACGAGGGCUCCCUCACCACUCCGCCCUGCUACGAGAGCAUCCUGUGGACCGUGUUUGAUACACCGAUCACUCUGUCGCACAACCAGAUCAGGAAACUGGAGAGCACUCUGAUGGACAUGGACAACAAGACCCUGUGGAAUGACUACCGCAUCGCUCAGCCUCUCAACGACCGUGUGGUAGAGUCGUCUUUCCUCCCACGCCUUGGGAAAGGAACAUUUUGUCGGCAAGAUGAAAUUGAAUCCAGGCUCCUAAAGAUUGAGGGUCUAAUAACUUCUCUUGGAAAGCACAUGCAUUCAAGUGGCCAGCGCACCCCAAGGCCCACCAGAUAUGAACCUCGCGGUCUGUUUCCCUUGGUGCUCAACUUCCCUGAGAAAAAUGCUGGCAGCUAUGCUUUGGCUCGCCUCAACCAUCCUAUGGACCUCGAUUCCUUCACUGUCUGCAUGCACGUCCUGCCUCAGGCGGAGGGCAUCCACACCGUCAUCUCCUACUCCAGCAAUGGCAAUGACAAUGAGCUGAUGAUCUCCAUUGGUGAGGACAGAGACGGGAGAGAGGUGGGCCUCUGGAUCGGCAAUGAGUUUGUCAACCUGCCACACAACUUCAAGUCCCACGACUGGGCCAACUACUGCAUCACCUGGUCGGCGCACACCGGCGGCGCCGAACUGUGGAUCAACGGCAUGGUGGGGGAGCAGCGGUACCUGAGGAGCGGUUAUACCAUCAGCCCCGGCGGCGUGUUCAUCCUGGGCAAAGACCAGGAUGGGUUGCUGGGCAUCUCUAACGCAGACGCCUUUGUGGGGAAGAUGACCGAUGUCAACGUGUGGGACUACGUGCUGACCACGGCAGAUAUCCGGGACCAGAUGUUGUGUGAGAGGAACAGCACCACGGCGGGAAAUGUGUUCAGCUGGGGGACCACUGGACUCAGUCUGUAUGGGGGGGUGCAGCUGGACAGUCAGUACAGAUGCUCCUGAAAAGGCUCAGCUGCCUCUGUUUGUAUGAGCUUUAAAAAUGUUGCAAUAAACCAAAAUAUAACUGCUGAUGGUUGGGUUGUAAAAUGGUUGUGGUGUAUGUGAUGAAGUCCAAAAUGUUUUUCAGGAACCUGUAAGUCAAUAUUUAAAAGAAUCUAUAUUUCACAAUAUCUGGUCAUUGUAUUAAUGUCUUUGCUUCAUUAAUAAAGGCUUACAAGCAA